UAAUGAAUUAGAUAAAAAGAAAUAUGGAAAUGUUCAAAAAACUGAUAAGAAAAUAUUUAGUUUUAUAGAAAAUAAAUUAGAUAUUUUAAAUAAUUCAAAAUCUAAUAAAAGAUGGAAGAGUUAUGGAACUCCAGAUAAUAUAGAUAAAAAUAUGUCUUUAAUAAAUAAAUAUAAUAAUAAAGAAACGUUUAACAACAAUUAUCAAUCAUUUUUAUCUACAAGUUCAUUAAUAAAGCAAAAUAGAUAUGUUCCUAUUAACGCUGUACGUGUGUCUAGGAUAUUAAGUUUCCUGGAUUCUAA